CAUACAUAUAUAUAUAAUAGUAGCAAUAUGGAUAAUUUUUUUCCUAGUAAUGACCAAUUAAACGAAACUGUUGAUAAAGUGAAGAACGGAACCAUUAGUAAAAUCUUAGAAGGAAAAGAUUUACUUAAGCCGAGUUUGGAGUAUUUAUUAGAUAAUAAACGCGAUAUAAUUGAUGUUGAUUCUGUUAAUUCAACAACAAAUGAAAUUUGGUCACAUUUAAAAACGUCACAAAAAAAUUAUCUGAUCAAACUUGCGGAUAGAAUAAAUGAAUACCGUAACUAUGAUACCCUUAAUUUAAUUUUUCAAAUAAAUGGACCUCAAAAGGCAAAUACCCCUUUCGGAAAUUCAUUUUAUAAUGGGGAUAGUUUUAGUGAUGAUAAAAGUUUUGAAUCUUUGGUAUUGCCUUUAGGAAUGGAUUAUGGGGAAUCUUUUAAUAAUUUACUUUUCCAAUUUUCCGAUUAAGUUGGAUUUUGAAUAUCACUAUUUACCUUUCAUAAUUAUGUAUAAGAA